AAUGCAUGAGAAUCUCAGAAAUUCAUCUAUGUUCAUUAUAAGAAAUACUGUUUGAUGUAGUUAUACUUAACAACAGACUGACUUAUUCUCAUUAGUUACUUAAAUCAACAUUAUAACCGGCGGAAUUUGAGUCUCAAUAUAUACACAUUAGGCGUAGAAGGUAACAACGAUAAUAAUUUUCAUUAGAAAAUAAGAUGACAGUUUGACAUGUCUUUCAGUACAUAUCAAUCGUUUUGUCCUCAUCCAAUCUUCAUAUGGACUGGAGGUGUAUGAUUAUCUACAGGAUCCUCUCAAUCUGUAACCACAAUUUGCUUCAUAGCAUGUAGGAAGAAUGAUGUGUGUUGAAAAUGACAAGAUUAUCAUAUGACCUGGUUCAAAUCACUUUAAUCACUGUAUAGAUAUAGAGUAUACAAAUGACUAUUAUAUCAGUCGAUUCCCCAUCCAAACUACGGACAAGGAAAUAUAUGAAGAGUGUUUAUUGUGUUCAUUCCAUAUCACGUCUCUCUGAUAAAACUAGAUGUUGAAGUAUAUCGACAUCGACUUUUAGGAACGACAAUCACUGUUGAUUUUAAAUAAGAUGCAAUUUGUACAUGGAUUUUGUAAUUUUUCUUGCAGAAGUAUACAUAAUAUGUUAGUGAUAGAUUUCUUGUACAAAAUGCGACCUUACUUGAAGAAAUAUGUCGACGAUUUUUAUCCUUCAGAUAUUGGUAAGUACCAUUGCUAGUUACAUAAACAUAAUUAUUCAUGGACGUUUUCUAGACUAAUUGCUUUAUCUCCAAACAAAGUUUUAAAAUAGAUAGAAGACAAAUAAACAUAAACCAUGUUUUGUUAUUUGCCGAUACAUCCAACAAGAUAUGUGUCAACUUUAUUUGAAUACAAGCCGGAAAACAAAUCUGGACAACGUAAUUGGGAGAACUGAUCAAGUAGCCAGUAAACAAAUUCGCAGAUAAAUUAGCUUCAUUUAUCCACACUUAAUGCAUAGUGAGACUUCUUAAAGUGUCAAAUCUUGUACUUCAGUCAGAUUGUUCAACUGAAAGUCAUGACGUUGUUUGUCAUUUCAAACUGUAUCGUUAAUAGAAAAUAUACAAAUACAGUAGACGAAUUAUGAACACCAUGAUCCAUAUUAUCCGAGAAUGAAAUAGGUUGUGUUGCUUUCAAUUAAUUAUGAUUAUUAAUGUUGAAAGUUAUCUGUUUAUAACUUGAAGUAUGUGUAACAACAUGUUGAUGUAUUUCAAUAAACAUUUCAGAUGAAAAGCCACCAAGUUGCAUUCAGGAAUUGAAGGAGAAUUUCUGGUGGACAAUAAACAAGCAGCGCGAAUAUUCUAGUAUAAGUAAGAGUACAAAAGAUGAAGUGAGUUCCGAUUUCAAUAAUUUAUCAUUUAUCUAUUGUUCGUAAUUGCAAAUAUGACAGGUUAUUACAAUGACACGAUUUACAUAUUGUGUUGAAGAAACUAGCGAAUAAUGUAAGGCGUAUUUUGAAAGCUUAAUUUUCUCUGUGAACAUAAAUCGGAUUGGAUGGUUUAACUAAGUCUGUGUUAAUCAACAACUGGAACAAUUAUGCGAUAUCCUAAAUAAUAGUAAAGAGUGUAAAUCAAUUCUCCCGUUAUUUGUUAUUUGACUAACGACUUUACAGUUAUGUAAUAAAAUGCGAAAAAUCUCUGAUAACGUGCAUCGGUUAUUUUGUCAUUUUCAUCAUUAUGUCUGUUUGUACGCAAUAGGUGAUUCAAAUGUUUGACGGAAUGAAGCGCAAAUUGACUGAAUUAUUCUCUCAAGGAUCGUGGAGCAGUGAAGAUGACAAACAGAAAGCUAUUUCAACGGUUUCCAAUAUGAAAGUAGCAAUAAUGGAUUCAGAAUCCUUGAGUGAGGAAUGCAAAGGCCGCGAUAAAAUACUCGAAAAUAAACUUUCUGCAGAUAACUAUUUUAUAAAUGCAUACUACUCGAUGAAAGCUAAAUUUCUAACAUCAUUGAAGGCCACUUCACACAGAAACGAAUUACCUGGUUUCUUCACUUUCCAACCGCACAUAUUUGACAAAAAUCUUACCGUGGUUAUGACAUCCGGAUUAUUACAUCCACCGUUUCUAAAUACAUCACAAAUAAUGCCGGAAAAGUAUGGAAUUCUUGGUUGGCUUCUCGGUCGUCAGAUUAUGUCUGCAGUGUUUAGAAAUGAACACGUACAAAAUCAAUCAGAAUAUCAGUCAAAGUGUUCACCAUAUGCUUCUACACCGUUAAGAACUCAACUAUGUUGUUUAUCAGAACAAAUCAACUCUGAAAGACUUCAGAAAGAAAAUUUGGAACAAUUGUCAGCUGGUAUAAAUGGUCUUAUGCUAUCGUUCGAAACAUACAAGAAAAGUUUAACUGGAAAACGUGAAAGCUUAAAUGAAAAGAAGUUGUUUUUCUCAGCAUUUGCAAAAAUGGUGUGCGGCGGCCUAUCAUCACAAAUUGUUGAUGACGAUCUACGGUCGUCAAUCCAAGUCUACAAAUCUGGUGUGAACGAUGUUGUGAAACACAGUGGAGGAUUUUCAGAAACGUACCAAUGUAAAAGUGGUUCUGCAAUGAAUCCUAUGCGCAAGUGCAUUCUUUAAAUGAAAACGUUAACCGUGUGUGUGUGUGUGUGCAAAAAUAUUGGUUUUUCUGUUUAAUUGAUUCCGUAAUUAAAACUUUUG